AUGGCACCAGCAGCAGUUGAUACACCUCCCGUCGCUCCUGUCUUCUCCAAGCGUGACGGCCACGCCCUCGAGGACCUGUCCGACGCCAUCGACGAUGUCAACGUCCUCAAGGAUACCCUGAAGAAGCAGCAAGAAGCGGAGAAGGGUCUCUACGAACAAUCCGAGUUCGACCAGGACAAGGACAAGACCAAGUUCCGCCAAUACGAAGACGCCUGUGACCGCGUCAAGAACUUCUACAAGGAGCAACAUACCAAGCAGACAGUGGCCUACAACCUCAAAGCCCGCAACAUGUUCCACUCCAAGACCCGCGCCGAGAUGACCGUCUGGGAAGCAAUGGAGAAGCUCAACACCCUCAUCGACGAGUCCGACCCAGACACCAGCCUCUCCCAAAUCGAGCACCUUCUCCAAUCCGCAGAAGCCAUCCGCCGCGACGGCAAGCCCCGCUGGAUGCAACUGACAGGCCUCAUCCACGACCUAGGCAAGCUGCUCUACUUCUUCGACGCGCAGGGCCAGUGGGAUGUCGUUGGCGACACAUUCCCCGUCGGUCUUGCUUUCGACGACCGCAUCAUCUACGGCUCCGAGUCUUUCAAGGACAACCCGGACUACUACGACCCCAUCUACAGCUCCAAGUUCGGUAUCUACACACCCGGCUGCGGGUUGGACAAUGUCAUGCUCUCGUGGGGUCACGACGAGUACCUCUACCACGUUGUCAAGGAGCAGUCGACCUUGCCUGCUGAGGCACUCGCCAUGAUCCGCUACCACUCGUUCUACCCCUGGCACAGCGCCGGUGCGUACCACGAGCUCAUGGACGACCACGACAAGGAGAUGUUCCGCGCUGUCAAAGCAUUUAACCCGUAUGACUUGUACAGUAAGAGCGAUGGCAUUCCCAGUGUAGAGGAGCUGAAGCCCUACUACAUGGAGCUUAUCAAUGAAUACUUUCCCACGAAGGUUCUCAAGUGGUAG